UUCCUUUUUUUUUUAUUUCUUUUUCUUUUACAUGAGAUUACUGAUCGAUACAAGACAACAGGAUAUUAAUUUUCAAUAUCGAAAAUUAUCAACUGUGAUAUCAUCGAACACACUAAUUAUUCACGAUACUCGAUUACUUUUCAUUUAAUCGAAGCCCAAAGUCAGCCGCAAACCCGAUUCAUCUCAAUUUCUCCAAACACAACAAUUAACCACUCUCCAUCAAUCCUCCCCUCUAUACAAAUAAGCACCCACCUCCUCCCUCCAUUUUCUUCUUCAUCUUCUUUCAAAUUGGGUUUAAUCGUCCCAUUCCGUCAUCUUAUUCCAACUCGAUCGAAUGGUAACCGAUCGUCGCCACCUCCUCCACUUGUAGUAUCAAUUAGUAUCGAUGAUUACUAUCUCUGCAUUAUUCAUCCCUUCGCAUCUGACCCGCUAAUUAAAUCGCACAGAUCUCAUGUAAUAUCCUUAACAAGCGACCAAAACGUUAUUGACUCACAAAUUUCUCCUCUCCCCUUCGCUAUAUAACGUUGAAUUCGUGGAAAAAUCCGUACUGCAAACAUCUUGUCCGUGGAUCAACAUGAUUUUAUUCAAAUUUACAAGAAUAUAUAUAUAUAUUAAAAACGGAUUCCUCUCUGCGUUCCCGCGCAGAUAUUUAACGAAAUUUCGCUCCAAUUUACACGUAACAAUUUUACAAUAUUCACAACAUUUAAAAACUCGAUACUUUAUAUAUCACGCACGUUUAAAUAUUCUUAAAUUCGCUCGAGAAAAUCAAGAUCGCUUUAAACGAUUUAAAAUAUAACUAGCUAUUGGACAUCCUCGCGAUCUCAAUAUUAUCGAAUAAACAAGGGAAAAAGCAAGGCAAAAUCUUAACAACCACUUCUUCCGAAUCCAUUCGCCUCUCAAUCGUAUCGCGAUAUCUUAUCUCGAAUGCAUUGCAAAAUUGUAGAUACGGUUCGAUACUGGAAACGUUCGAAUUUCAUAUACGGUGGCCGAAACGGUGUGUAAUAAGUGGAGCACACAGAGAGAGAGAGAGAGAGAGAGGGAGGGACGAGGCACGGAGUAGAUGGCGGGUGGUGGCGAGGUGGUGCGUAAGCGUACACGUGACCGAGGAACGUGCCUCCUGGUGCACGUGGAGCCGAGCCACAUCCCCCUGGCGUCGGCCACCGCUCACUCGCCGAGCCUCGUGCUUUCAACCCUCUUUUGCUCGAGGCGGAGAAGAGGAACCUGUUCCUCUCAGUCAUCCUCGAGCCUCUUCGGGCUCUACGCGCGCGUCCAUCCUUCCUCGUCGAUUAUUCGCGGCAUUAACUUUGGUGAAACCUUCCUCCACCACGCGAACACCCGGUCUUCCGUCUCUGAUUUCUUUUUUUUUUUUUUUUCCUCUCUUCUUCCCCCCGUUUUAUUUUCACCCCACCGUGUUCUCGGUAUAUACUCGGUUGUAUAUUCGUAUAAGGAACGUAAGAAAGGGGACGUUCGGCUAAUAUUAAAUACAAUACAUAUAUAUAUGUAUAUGUAUAUUCGUGUGUAUAUAGUGCCGUCCACGAGUAUUUGGAUUUUGUAAAAGGAAAGGAGGGGGAGGGGGAUGGAGAAAGGAAAGGAAAAUUUUGAUAUCGCCUAUUUUAUUUAGACAUCGCCGAGUAGGAUAACGCCUGGUUUUCAUAAAUAUCGUGUUGUAAAGAUAUUGGAAUUGUAUUUUCGAUUAUCGAAUAAUUGAACGGUAAUUUUUUUUCUAAACGAUCUCGAAUAUUCUUUCUGUUUCUUCUUCGAUCGAUCGGUCAUUUAAUCCUCGUCUACGACCUUCUUCGUUUGAAUUGUAUUAUUUUAUAUCGUUCAACGAGAUUAAAAGAGAAAAAGAGGAAAGAAAAGUGACCAAAUACUUAUGGACAGUAGUGUAGCUUAUGUACACGAGCAUGCAUAUGUGUAUAUGUAUAUACAAACUAUAAUUGUAUGUGUAGCUAUGUAAAAUGCUAAUAUAUACAUGUGGGUGUAUACAUAUGUACAUAUGGAUAUAUAUGUACAUAUAAUACGUGCACGACAAGCCGAUUUGCUUUCUUAGAUCUUCAGCUGGUUUUGUCCUCACCUUGGACUACCGUGCUCCGAGAUUUUACCUUUGAUCUCUCGCGCGACUGUCUCUUAUUUUUAGUUAUCUAUAUCGUGAUGUACCGUGACGAAUUGUGAACACACGGAGGGUGAGAAUGAAGUGAACGGUGGAAAAUAUGGGGUUCGUAGCGGAGGUUCGUCGUGUGAUCAAUAAUUUCCAUUUCAAAAUUUUCCAAAACGCGGACGAGCGAGGGGUAGAAAAGUGUUGGAUCACUGUGUUCGAGAUGAUUCUUCUUCUAAAAUAUUCGAUAUGAUCUUCUUCCAUGGAAUUUUGUUUUCUCUAAAAAUUAAUUUUAAUUUUCUUUGAGAAAUAAGAAAAGAAAAUUCAAAAUCGCAGAAAUUCUCUCCCCUAAUUUGCGCAACGAGUUAAUAAUGAAUUUUCCUCCUCCUAUUCGCGGACAAUAUCGCGCUAAACGUUCAUCAUUUGUUAUUUUCUUCCUUCCGACAGAUCCAUUUGUCGAAGUGAAACAAAUUUUCCAAUUAAUUUCUUCCAUUUCCUUCUUCGACGACGAAUGUCGAACAUUUAACAAUAUCCAAGUUGAAUUUUGAUGAGAUCAGGACGGGAUGAAAAAUUUAUAGUCUGGUGAAACUGGCGUGGGCAGUACCGCGAUGUAUUAACAUUGGCCAGAGGUAUUGUUCCUUUCUCGAAGGCUUAGCUCGUCGGGUCCUUGGCGACUCUCGCAUGCCAUGCUUCUGUUCCUUCGAUUAACAUCAACGUAAUAUCCUGUAAUCGAGUCAGUCGGUGCCGUUUACAUUUCGUUUCAUUUUUCUUUCUUUUUCAAAUUUUCUUCUCGCGAGAACGCGCGCCAAUUUCAAUCUCUUCCGCCCGAAUCCAAAUAUUUUUUCGUAUAAACACGCCAAAGGAAUGCAGGAGUAAUAGUAUCGAUCUUCAACAAUUAGAGAAUUCUCUCGUCCGUAUAUAUAUAUAUAUAUAUAUUUAAUCUUCUUAAAAAAUUAAAAACACUUGCCACGAUUAUAAGAUCGCACGGAGACUUAGAAAUCGACUUUCUCAGACUUAGAAAAAAAUUCGAAUCUAAUAUUAAAAGGGAUUAUUUUUCCCCCGGGGCAGACUUCUCUUUGAAAAUAGAAAAUAGUAUUAACCUCUUUAUCCAAUAUGCAGAGAAUCAAAGAAGCAUCCAAAGUGUACGUAUAUUUCGAUUCAGUCCAGAGUCAAAAAUCAACCCGUUAAACCCGCUCUAACGACCAUGCUCCAAGUGUAACAGAACAAGUGGUGUUUGAACUGUGAACCGAAACAAUCUGUCCCCCAAUUUCGGGGGACGAAGUUGGUGGUUUUUUCGAUUAACGUCAACCUUUCGAGUCGACACGAAAGAACGGUACUUAAUAUAAACGGAUAGAAACGAAGCUGUGCUGCAAAUAUCAAGCAAGAGACUAGAUCAAAAAGAAAAAAGAAUAGAAAAACAUCGCGUCAAGUGGAAAAGGGAAAGGGAAUCCGGAAGGUUGUUGCAAACUGGCAAGAGAAGCGGGAGGAGGAUUCGAUAGGUCCGAAUGGGGAGCGAAGAAGGCGAUGGGAUGGCAAACGUGGAUGCCGCCGCUUCGUGGCAACAAUAUUACACCUGGUGCAACCCUUACUCGCACCCUCAUUCCCAUUCACACCCCCACGGGGCGGGCGCGGGCCAGCCGCACACCCACCCCCACCCCCAUCACUUCCAUCAUCCGAAUCACAUCAAUCAGUAUCAGCAGGCAGGUCAGUAUCAGCAACAAUCGGUGGCGGCAUCCACCGCCAACCCAUCCGCCCAUUAUUCCACCUCCCAGCAGUAUCAUCUGCAGUUGCAACCCGCCCAGACGCCACCCUUGCACCAACAGCAGCAAUUCCAUCCGGUUAGGGGGCAGCCAGCGCCUAGAAGAGCUGCACCUUACGACCGAACAGGAAAACAAGGCAAAGAUGGACCGGAAGAGAAAAAGGACGCUGAUGGAGAAUUAUGGGGCAACGUGGAAGCGCAGGCCGCCUUCCUCGGCCCAAAUCUAUGGGACAAAACUUUGCCCUACGAUGCCGACCUGAAGGUAUUGAACCAUUACGUCGAUCUCGACGAGUUUCUCUCCGAGAACGGUAUUCCCGUGGAUGGAGUGGCCGGCGGCGGACAAGGGACGAUGCAGAGCGGACAACUGCACAAAAUGAACAACACCGAAACACCAGGACACCAAGGUCCAGCCGGCCUCCACUUAGAGCCGGUCACCAAACGCGAGAGAUCACCCUCGCCGAGCGAGUGUUGCUCACCCGACACUAUGAACCCUCCCUCGCCCGCGGAUUCCAAUUCCGAGGACUCGUCACGAAUACAAUAUGGCUUGUCUCUUGUAGCGCUCUCGAUGGCCUCAUCGGGGCGAGACUUCGAUCCACGCACCCGGGCCUUCUCCGACGAGGAGCUGAAACCCCAACCGAUGAUCAAGAAAUCACGGAAGCAGUUCGUUCCGGAUGACCUGAAGGAUGACAAAUACUGGGCGCGUCGUAGGAAGAAUAACAUGGCAGCGAAACGAUCACGGGAUGCACGUCGCAUGAAGGAGAACCAGAUCGCUCUCAGGGCCGGCUUCCUCGAGAAAGAAAAUAUGGGUCUACGACAGGAACUGGACCGGUUAAAGAACGAGAACAUGCUGCUGCGUGACAAGCUGAGCAAAUACACGGACGUCUAACAGUGCGCCGGGCAAGCAACAGCUCGUCGUGGUAUUAAAAAAGAUGCAAACACGAGCGUUUGUUGUGCCAGCUCCUCCCACACACUAUAGUCGCAGCACUUAGGUUUUUCGCCAGUUCGGAUGAAAGAAGAGUUAAAAAGAAAAAAAAAAGAAAAAAAACGAAAAAAAAGAAGAAGAAGAAGAAGAAGAAGAAGAAAAGAAAGGAGCGCGCCGAAUCGCAAGACCAUCCUCGACGAAUUCGAACAAACCUACCCCCCUCCCCCCUUUUUUCCUAGACGAUCCCCGAAGAUAUUCUCCUUCGACGAAACUUCUUCUAUUCACACCACAUCUUUUCCUCUUCUUUUCUUCUCCCUUCAUACACAGACACACGUAUAUAUUUCUUUUAAUCCGUUCCCCCCUUCUCAGUUCCCCCUUUUUUCCCCAGUGCUCCUUUCUCCCUUCGAAAUUCACCUUACCCCUCAAAAAAAAAAAAAUGUACAUAGUUAUAUGUAUAGUUAGAUUAUAUAUAUAUAUGUAUACAUGCGCGCGCGCGCAUACAUACACGGCCGUGUGUAUGUCUGUGUCUGUAAAAGUAUGACUCUGUGCGCACGUGUACCACGCGCGACCGCAUGCACACGUGUAUGUAUUUAUAUAUACGCGUAUUAUUACAUACCAAGAGGUGUAUAGUCGGGUAUAUUAACUUCGCUGCAACGCAUUAUCAAGCAUUAUAUGUAUACACAUAUAUACAAGAAACGCGUUACGUAUAUAUCUAUAUACAUAAAAAAAAAGGAGACAUACGCAUACACGUAUACACGCGGAGCAGCAGACCGUGAAUUAGUUUAGUGUGCGUGCCAGAUGAAUAAUGUAUAAACAACAUGUGUACAGGUAUUCAUCACGAGACACUUGGAAACUUUUCCUUUUACGCGAAGCAUGUUAAUCAGUCAAGUGAAUUUCAGCUUUCAAUCGAACGUAAAGAGAUUUAACAAUCGACUCUCUGGUGCCUCUCGAGGGGAUGACAAAUUAAUUUGUACCAUGUUGUCGAAAGAAAUUAAGUUAAUUCGUAGAACUGGAGACAUUCGAAUUAUCGAUGUUUUGAGUGUAACAGCAAUAUAUGUAUAAUAUCCCUUCUAUCUUUCAACGAAUCGUUGUAUUUUUAUUUAAAAACGCGUUAUAUUAUUUAUAUUAUUCAUAAAGAGCCCACCUGAAGUUAGUUCUAAGAGAUUUUUUUUUUUUUUUUUAACGAAGAAGCGAUUGAAAUAACAAGUUGAAUAUUUUCUUCCGGUGAAAUGAAAGGAAAAGCUAUUAUAUAUGAUAUUUAUCGGUAAAAGUGUCUCAACUGUACCAAAAACAUCUGGCAUCUACGCGAUAACUGCCUCAUAAACUGAGCUGGAGCUAAUUAGGAUAAUACAUAAGUGAAAGAGAUGUACGAAAGCACAGACAGGCGCGCGUAUGAAUGAUCAAUAGUUGGAAAAGAAAAAAAAAAUGGCCGCAAGCGGUCCUUACGCGGCUAUUUAAAUCACGCGCUGACUCUCGAGCUUUUGUUUGGUUCUUGUACAAUGCGGCCCUCAGGAUCUGAUUGCGGAUAAAUUCUUGAUCCGACGUUUUUCUCGUUAAUCUUUAACGUUUUUUGAACGGCCCUAAAGAUUUUAAGAUUCAAGUACAAUAACUAGCAUUAUUGUACCUCGACAUGGUCUUGAAACAUGUCAUGAGUUUAAAAGAUUGUCCAGUGAAUAUCGGUUGUAAAAAAAUUUUUCUAAUUUUAAUUCGUCGGAGAAUUAAGGGAAGAACGGGAAAGGAAAGAAUUAUCCGUAAUCGGUAAUUUGUUAAGAAAAAGAAGAAUGAGGAAGAAAAAAAAGGAUAAAUUAAGAACGAAGGAUAUUUGGGAGAACGACGCUUUUCUGCGCACGGACUAGAUCCUAGUUCUCUAAGAAACGUUAAUUACUGUAGCGUAUCCCACAAGUGGUGAUGGUACACACACAAGUGAUUCUAGUUGUUUUUAUCGUAAGGUAGAGAUCAAGUGCUUCUUUUUUUUUUUCAUACAUAACGUUUUAAUCUCUCUCUUCUCUCUGUAGCGUUUCGUUUUUUCGACGCUCGGUUGUAUGACAGUUGAUAAAUCGCUCGAAGGGCUACACGAUGUCUCGAGUACGGGGAAAGCGUCGCGACGCAUCUUCUAUUAUCGUUUUAUCGUAUUUCGACACGGUUGAUGGCUCGUCGAACAAUGGAUUUUCAUUAUCUUUUUGUUUCUUUUUUUUUUUUUUUUAUGUUUCUUGUUAUUUGUAAAUAUUUUUAAUAUCUAUGACUAUUAAUUUUUUAUUAGUUACUAUUAGUUUUUUUUUUAUUGCAAGAUACAAUUGCAUAAAUCAAAAUUCUAAAGAAUUAUAAUGUAAUGAUCACGAUCAUUUUUUAAAAUAUUAAAAAUACUUUUUUUACUGAUAAAAAAAAAAGCAAUCGAAAUUGCAAGUUCCAUUGUUAAUGACGCCACGACAAGGGUUACUUAUGUAAAUGAUCAUUGAAGUAAAUUGCAUUAAAAGGGCUCCCCUUACAGGACAAGAACAAAUAAUGUAUAUCUCUGUUCGUAGUUGCUUCCUCUUGUCUGACAAAGAAAAAAGAAAUUCUGAAUAAAAAAAGUUAAUCAUGAGCAAAGCCCACUCAUGCGCCUUUCAUGGAUAAUACACAUGCGACUAAUAUUUUAUGUACUGUUGGUGCGCUAAAUAAUAAGCGAUUCUGCUCGUUGCAACGCUCAGUGACAAUAAUCGAGUAUAAUUAUUAUAUACACAUGUUUUUUAGCACUUUUUGCGAUGUGAAAUCGGCAUUAAAAGUAUAUUCCCAGUAAAACUUUUUAUAUUGCGCCUAUUAUUCAUUUACAUUAUUGAUUUAUUAUUUUAUCAUUUUAAUUAGUUUUGUUUUAGAACCCGUGAUAACACAAAUUCUUGAAGAGCUUAUAAUAUAUAUAUAUAUAAAAUAUAUAUAUAUAUAUAUAUUACUAUCAUAUAUACGUGUAUAUUUGUAGACUUAUAAAAAAAAAGAAUUAAUUUUAUAGAAAGCUUUGUUAAUGACAGAUUCGCUUUUAAACCGCCAGUUUUUUUAUACAGCAAUUGUGUUUUAGUUAAAAUAUAUACAUUCUGUACAUUUGUUUCUUUACUUUUGUAACCAUGCGUUGAAAUUUCAUAAAAUCAACCGUACUUUACAAUUGUAAAUUUUAGUUGGAUACAAAAUCUAUGUAUGAUUAAUCGUGUCAACGUUAUAAAAAUUAUUUUAUGCCUUGUUAUUAUAUUAUAUAUAUAUAUAUAUAUAUUUUUUUUUUCUUUUUCUCGCCGAGAUUUUAUGUACGUUGUGUAAUAUGAAAUUUUGUGUAGUGUAAGUACGCGGGUAAAUCUCGUACUGCAAAAAGAAAUUGCACGUAAAUUGCUUUUUCAAUUUAGACUCAUAAUUCGAUCAUAGUAAAAGACGAUUAGAGAAUUUGUUUGAACAUAUACACUUUAACUUAACUGCGAAAAAAAAAAUUAAAAACAAAAGUAAAAAAAAAAAAAAAUGAUUCGUAAAUAUUGCAAACGUAAUGCAUUGUAAACUCCAUGCAUAAAAAAAAACAUGAUAAAAUUAGAUAUGAUAUGGAUUAACGAAACAAUACCAUGCAUGGUGCAUUUCCGCAUUCAUUGUUCAAUCAUACAUGAAAUACGUCGCUUUUGGCAUGCAGCCUAAUUAACUAAAACAUAAACAAAACUCAUUAGAUUAUAAUAGAUGCAUCGAAGGCUAUUUAAUAUUGUGAAUAAUGGGCAGAAAUUCGAUUUACACGCGCGAACAAAAAAAAUUUUUUGUAUUUCAUAAUCGCCAAUGAUAGCAUCUAGAGAAAUUGCAACAAAGCCAAGCAUUUUUUCUUUUCUUAUUAUUAUAAUUUUUGCGUUGACAGUCGUCCGAUGAUGUAAAAAGAAAGAAAGGAAAUCGAGAAAGAAAGAGACAUACUGUUUCUCGAAGAUUGAUAUUUGUAUAAGUACCUUCUAGUACAAGUUGCUAUUAAUUAAACUACGUCGUAGCUUUCUAAGGCCGGUCUUGGAUCUCGGCACAAUUUUCAAACAAUGACAAAACGAGGAAGCGCAAUAGUGUUUGUUGGUUAUCUAAACAAAAAUAAAAAAAAAAAUCAGAUUCCACGUACACAAUCGUGUGCGCGGUAUACUGCAGUCCAAGAAUAGUUUAUAAAAUAAAAAGAAAAAAAAAAUAAAGAGAAAAAAAUGUCAUAAAGAAAUCGUAGCAAAAAAAUUAGAGAACACGGUAGACACAACUGACAGCUUUGCUCCAAUUAGAAUUUAAUGACAAUGAUAAAAUGAAAAAAAAAAAAAAAUGAAAAACUAAAAAAAAGCAACACAAUGAAAAAAGUUUAAGUGACGUUACCGCGUCCAUUUAAUGACCAUCCGAUCCAUACGAAACGAAAAUAUGAAAAAAAACAGUACACGCGAGAAUUAAAAUACGACCACCAACAUCAAAGUGUAUCACAUUUCGAGAAAUAUAUGUAUUUGUUAUUGUUUUCAUUGAA